GCGGUGACAGGUCACGUGGUCUUCCAACAUGGCCGUCCCCUCUCCGAGUCAGCAGGGCCAGUUUAAAUGACGAGCCGCAGAUUCGAACUGACGACUUGAGACGCAGCCAGAGCAGCUUUUAGGUCAACCCGUCGCUUCUUCAGCCCCGCAGACAUGAGUAAGGACGACAUUAUCCUCCCCAAAGACUUCCCCGAGCUGAAGAAUGAUACAUUCCUGCGAGCAGCGCGAGGAGAGGAGCCCGAACACGUCCCCGUGUGGUGCAUGAGGCAGGCUGGGAGAUACUUACCAGAGUUCCGUGAGGUCCGGGCAGGGAAGGACUUCUUUGACACGUGUAGGUCCCCCGAGGCCUGCUGCGAGCUCACCCUGCAGCCUCUGAGACGUUUUCCCUUUGACGCCUCCAUCAUCUUCUCCGACAUCCUCGUCAUCCCACAGGCCAUGGGUCUGGACGUCCAGAUGCUGCCUGGCAAAGGUCCGACAUUCACCGACCCGCUGAAGGACCCCGAGGACCUGCAGCGCCUCCAGCCCAACGUGGACGUCCACAAAGAUCUGGGUUACGUCUUCAAGGCCAUCACUCUGACCAGACACAAGAUCGAAGGAAAGGUUCCCCUCAUCGGAUUCACAGGAGCUCCGUGGACCCUGAUGUCGUACAUGAUCGAAGGCGGAGGCUCCAGCACCCACUCCAAGGCCAAGCGCUGGCUGUACCGGCACCCCGAGCCCAGCCACCUGCUGCUGAGGAUGCUGACGGACGUGAUCGUCGAGUACCUGCUGGGUCAGGUCGCCGCCGGUGCGCAGGCGCUGCAGGUGUUUGAGUCCCAUGCCGGCAUCCUGGGGCCUGUGGAGUUCAAGGAGUUCUCCCUGCCGUACCUGCGGGACAUCGCACGCCGCGUCAAGGACAGACUUAAGGAGAAGGGACAGGAUGUUCCAAUGAUCGUGUUUGCGAAGGAUGCCCACUACGCGCUAGAGGAGCUUUCUGAGUCUCAUUACGAGGUGGUGGGGCUGGACUGGACCAUUGACCCACGAGCAGCACGGGAGCGCACAGGUGGGAAGGUCAGCCUGCAGGGAAACAUGGACCCCUGUGCUCUGUAUGCUCCAAAGGAACGGAUCUCAGAGAUCGUGAAGAAGAUGCUGGAGGGUUUCGGAACGAGGGGCUACAUCGCUAACCUCGGCCACGGCCUUUACCCCGACAUGGACCCAGAGAACGUCGCCGCCUUCGUCGAAGCUGUGCAUCGGCACUCCAAGUCUGCCACCAAACAAGCAUGAAGAUGAAACGGAGAAUGUAUAUUAUGUCGAAAUGCUUUAUUUAAUAAAACAAAAUCAAGUAUCUGCUUUUAAAUACAGGGUAACCACCAAAA